CCUCCAGGUACAAGGAAGAAAAUACAGGAGGGUACGGAUACAGAAGGUGAGCUAUGAUGGUACCAGAAUGACAGUCCUUAGCCCUUUAAUACAUGGAUGAGGAGGCUGAGGAAUACUCUGUGGGGAAGAAUACUAGUGACAUCUGAAAGAUGUAUCCCGUAGAGAGCGAUAGGUCGCUUGGUAAAUUACAGCGAGGAAUACUGGGAUAACGGAUCAGUACAUUUUAGAGUUUAGCCUCUGUUUGGCUCAGAGAUUUUACAAAUUUGUAAAUUUAUAGCAAUGUGAACUUUUUGAUACAGAAAUCAACCAAUAUAUUAGUGUAUCUUGAGCUUGAAGAUAUGUGAAAAGUUGAUAAUCUCAAGUAUAGAUCCAAUAAGUCGAAAGCUAGCACAGAGAAGAGAAAAUGAAGAGCAAAUUCAGAAAGAAUCAACCGAGAUUGACACUCAAAGUUGUGUUAAUCUCCAUUUCAACAUCAAGAAACUCAAAUUAGAACUUGAUUCAAAUUUGGAUCUUUACUUCUAUAUUAAUCGUCUCAAAGAUUGAAAAGUGCUAAAACAACUCUCCCGUUUUAUGAUGCCUUCAGAGUUAAAACUUUCAUUUAUUAAUCAACCUUUGACAGGUAGCCAUAUGAAAGAGUUUCUAUCCAAAUCCAUUCCAGCCGCAAUUGAAGAAAUUAUGAUUGCCAGAAAUAAAUUUGAUAAAUCUCCUUCGUACUUCAACUUGGUCCUUCGUGCCAGUAUGCACACAACAGCAAGUGUGCAGGUGAAUUAUUUUAGAAACCUGAACAUGAAGCAGCUCAAGAGGCUGUUCUCAGCCAAUAAGCAUACAAAAUCUCUUACCAUGCUCGAUUGCACAUUUCGCCUUCUAGCUUGCCCAGACUUUUCAGAUUGAUUCAGAGACACAACUCUGUCCUUACUUAACCUAUUUUAUGUGGGGGUAGUAAACAGAGAUGAGGUAGAUGAGCACUUACAUGAGCUGGAUAGACUGAUUUCAGGCUUAUCUAAAUCCCCAGAUCUUCAUAAAAGCAUCAAGAAAAUUGAAAUUAUCACCUUCAAAACCUCCCAGCAGCAAGACGAUCAAGUUCUAGCGAAGUAUGGGUUUCCUUGUGACUAAUAAGUUUCAAUACUCUUGUCUUACGGUUCUCCAAUUUCUUCCAUC